AACGUCCGCUAGAUUAGUGCCUCUUUGAUCGUUAUCGACCCCUCGCACCACAGCGAGGACCAUCUAUACCAUACACAAUGGCUGACACUCAGGCCCAGCAGGCCCCCGCCGAGGUUGACUACACCCUCAACAACCCCGAUACUUUGACCAAGUACAAGACUGCUGCCACUAUCUCGCACAAGGUCCUCGAUGCCGUCGCAGCCCUGUGUGUGGAGGGAGCCAAGAUCGUUGAGAUCUGCCAGAAGGGUGAUGAGCUCCUCGAAGAGGAAAUUGCUAAGGUCUACAAGGGCAAGAAGAUCACCAAGGGUGUCGGUCACCCCACAACUGUCUCUCCCAGCUCCCAUGUGACCCCAUACACCCCCUUGGUUUCCGACGCCCAGGAGGCCGAGACUACCCUGAAGGCCGGUGAAAUCGCCAAGAUUCAGCUCGGUGCCCAGAUCGAUGGCUUCGGAACCAUUGUUUGCGACCAGGUUGUUGUCGGCCAGGACGAAGUGACCGGCCGCGAGGCUGACCUCAUUACCGCGACUCACUACGCCAACGAGCUCCUGCUCCGUCUCAUGGCUCAGAUCUCCCAGCUGAUCGAGAAGGUUGCCAAGGCCUACGACUGCAACGUGGUUGAGAACACCACCAGCUGGCUCUUCGAGCGCAACGAGAUUGAGGCUGAGAAGAAGAUCAUUCUCUCCCCCGGCACUGGCGUGAAGGGUGAGGGUGUCCCCGACGUUGGUGAGGUUUGGGGUGUUGAAAUCGGUCUCUCCCUUGGAUCUGGAAAGGUCAAGACUCUACCCCUUCGUUCUACCCUGCACCGCCGUACCACUACCACCUACGGCCUCAAGCGUCCCAGCUCGAGACAAACUCUCUCGGAGAUCGUCAAGAAGUUCGGCCAGUUCCCCUUCAGCUUGCGCCAGCUGGAUGACGAGAAGGCCGCUAAGGUCGGUGUCGUCGAGUGUGUCCGUGGCGGUGUCCUGAGACAGUACGAGCCUGCCGGUGAUGCUGACAACGCCCCUGUCUCCCGCCUCUUGACUACCAUUGCUAUCACCAAGAAUGGUAUCACCAAGCUCACUGCUCCCGCCACUCCCGAUUUCACCAAGGUCAAGUCCGACAAGAAGAUCGAGGAUGAGGAAAUCCUUAAGAUCCUUGAGCGUCCUCUGUCCAAGUCGACUGGCUCCAAGAAGAACAAGAACAACAAGAAGAAGGCCGCCAAGAAGGCCGACUCUGGCGAUAAGGAGUAAAUUAGCCGUUUAACUCGGUCAGCUUUGGCAUAUCUAGUGAAGCGUUGGAUAGGCAGAUGGAAUUGCUCCAGGCCAUGGUCGGAGCUCCUUUUUCGGAGUGCUCCAGGAUGUUGAUCAUUCAUGUCAAUCAAAUCCCUUUGUCCACGCUGGAGAGAGGCGAAUUUGUUCCGCGAGCACAUGGAGCGAGAGGCAUAGGAGGAUAGGAGAAGCCAUAUAAGAUUUCCUGUCUUUUACCACGGUGCCCUCUUGAAAGCCCUUGGCACGUAAUUAGUUGAAAAACGCGAAAGUCAUGUAUGAGGUGAAUAUAAAAAGAGAAUUAUGAAUUUCUGC